GUCGGGAUCUAUCUUUUACAUAUAAAAACAUAAGAUGAUUGGUGAAUCAAAUUACGAUCCAGAGACCUUGUAGGGGAAAAAAAUGGAGAGGUGGUCGGAAGAAUCAGCGAGGCCGUUGACGGGAGGGGAGGAGAGGAAGAAGAAAUGGACAGCGAGAGAGGAAGUGAAGAGGCAGGUAUGGUUGUCGGGGCCAUUGAUAGGAGUGAGUUUGCUUCAGUACUCUCUGCAACUAAUCUCCGUCAUGUUCGUCGGACAUCUCGGAUCUCUCCCUCUCUCCGCCGCCUCCGUUGCCACGUCAUUCGCUUCCGUCACCGGCUUCUCUCUCCUCAUGGGAACGGCAAGCGCCUUAGAUACACUAUGUGGGCAGUCAUAUGGAGCAAAACUGUACAAUAUGUUAGGCGUACAGAUGCAAAGAGCAAUGCUUGUCCUUGUCAUUCUCAGUGUCCCUCUCUCAAUCAUAUGGGCUAAAACAGAGCAUCUCCUCUUACUCUUCGGACAAGACGAAUCCAUCUCCAAAUACGCGGGAUCUUAUGCCCUGUUCAUGGUCCCGAGCCUCUACGCUUACGGUCUUCUUCAAUGCCUCAACAGAUUCUUGCAGGCUCAGAACAAUGUCUUCCCUCUUGUCUUGUUCUCAGGAAUCACUGCUCUGCAACACUUGGCUCUGUGUUGGUUCUUGGUGCUGAAAUCUGACAUGGGUCACAAAGGAGCUGCUCUGGCAAACUCUGUUUCGUAUUGGGUUAAUGUCGUUCUCCUGUCUUGUUACGUCAAGUUCUCGCCUUCUUGCUCUGAAACUUGGACAGGUUUCUCCGUGGAGGCUCUCCGCGACGUCCUCCCCUUCGUAAAGCUCGCUGUUCCUUCUGCGCUUAUGGUUUGCUUGGAGAUGUGGUCGUUUGAGCUUCUUGUUCUCUUGUCAGGCCUUCUCCCUAACCCUGUCUUAGAAACUUCUGUUCUUUCCAUCUGCCUUAACACCGUCGCGACGGUCUGGAUGAUCCCCUUUGGACUCAGUGGCGCUGCGAGCACGAGGAUCUCCAAUGAGUUAGGAGCGGGGAACCCCGAAGUUGCGAAGUUAGCCGUUGGAGUGGUCGUAAUUAUCGCCCUCUUCGACGGAAUUCUGAUUGGAUCUGUUUUGUUACUGAUACGAAACAUCUGGGGAUACGCUUACAGCAGUGAUGAACAAGUUGUCCGAUACGUGGCCACAAUGAUGCCGAUUCUCGCCUUAUCCAACUUCCUAGACAGCCUCCAAUGCGUUCUCUCAGGGGUUGCUAGAGGAUGUGGAUGGCAGAAGAUUGGAGCGUUUGUGAACCUCGGAUCAUAUUAUCUGGUCGGAAUUCCAACCGGAUUGUUACUCGGGUUCUUCUUCCAAAUCGGUGGGCGGGGGCUUUGGUUGGGGAUCAUAUGUGCCCUCUUUGUUCAAGUUUUCUGCCUCUCACUUAUCACCGUACGUACAAAUUGGGAUGAAGAGGCAAAGAAAGCUACAAACAGGGUUGUCGGGGAAGAUUUCUCCAUUUUGGCCUGAGGGGGAAAUAAGAAAAAGUUUCUUGAAUUCACUCUUCUUCCCAUAUUCAAAUGUAAUAACAUCUUUUGGGUCUCUGGAUACAUUUUGAUUUCCGGUUCAUGAGAAGUAUAAAGUUGCAAUCUUCAAAAGGCAUUUGACUCUUGAUUUGACA